CUAAGGCAGGCAUGAUAUAAAUAUAUUUCAUAUAUUCAGUAAAACACAAUGUUCUGUACUGUCAAAUGACUAAAAGGAGAUUGCCAUGAUGCAAAUAAUAAAGGAAAUAUGUUUCAUAUACGGGCUAAAACACUCCGUCAAUGCGGUCGCAUGAUCUGGCCUAUCAGGUUCCAGGAGUGACCGUCAUGGAGACUUCUUUCCAGGAAUAAGCAAUCUGCGCAAAAAUAGCAUCCUUGCAUUACACCAUGCAGCAGCAUUUAUAGGAUAUCCAAUUAAUUUAUGUUCGCUGACUUCUUGGUUCUGUCUUUGGUUUUAUCCCGUAUCUCUCCCGACCGCAAUCGUAGCAGAGAAACUUCAGGGUCCUGACUUCCUUGGUGAUGUCAUUUUGGAAAAAAAGUCAUGUGCAUCUGCAUGGCCAAACAGGCUUAUUUUCGGUCCCCUCUCUUUCGUUAUAGCCUAUCAUGCUCGCACAUGCCCGUUCUCCCAUUAUAGCCACAACAAGUAGAACCAUUUCAUCUCUUCUCAAGGAUCACUGUUAUAUAUUGGAGAAAGUUUAGCCCAAAAGCUACGCUGCGCACCAAUCAGAUCAUCUUCAUGCAUUGAAGAUCCUUGGUGCCCGCCAUGCUUCCCGAUGAUUGCAUCACAGAGGAAAUUUCAAGCCCCAUAGCUGCUCAUAUUCUUGACUUCUAUGAUGGCGGCCUUGGUAAUGACCUCUUUGCUGCGGCGACUACCACCUCCGGUCCAUUUCCUGCCACUGAUGACGACGUUUCUUCGUCUACCACAACCACCCCUCCCAUCUGCAGCUACAAUGACGAUGCUCCAGCUGCUGGUGCCACAGCCUACUCCCCAUUGCCAUCCUUCGACACCACUCUCACGGCCCUCCUUGAGGAAGAGCAACACCAUGGCCUUGACACCGAGCUCCUUCCGCAGAUCGACAGCCUUUCAGAAGUAGCAUACUAUCCAACUGCCACCGAUGAGACUGGCAUAGGGCAAUUCAACCAGAUGGGACUUCCAGAGACCAUAGCUGAACAGGUGCCUCCGAUGCAAAUGAGCAGCAGUGCAUCUGCCUUGAUUCCACUCAAUUCAGACUAUGAUGAGUGCUUCACAGCAGCGUUAGCUGGAGGGUUCAUGGGUCUGGAAGGAGCCAUGUAUCAGCAAAGUGGAGCAAUUCUUCCAGGCUGCAAUGCAGAAGCAUCACAACAGGGAUUCUUCAAUAGUGCCAGCAGCAAUAGUAUGGUGAUGAUUGGCGAGUAUCAGAAGAUGAUGGAAGGUGAAGGACUGACCACAGCAUACAACGACACAGAUUCCAUGCAAGGGACAUUUAAUACUAAUGCAGAGAUGCAGGUAGGAGGAAAUAAUCAGCACCUCAUAAACGGAUGCAAUGGGAACCCAGCAACAUUACCUCCAACAGAACUAUCAGGAUUGGAAGACUCCACAUUCAAGGUUGUCCGCUUGUCACCUGAAGAGAGAAAGGAAAAGAUCCAUAGGUAUAUAAAGAAACGGAACGAGAGAAAUUUCAGCAAAAAAAUAAAGUACGCUUGUAGAAAAACCUUGGCAGAUAGCAGGCCCCGUGUCCGUGGAAGGUUUGCAAAGAAUGAUGAACUCUGUGAAGCAGCACAAUCAGGCUCCCAGGGUCAUGAACAUUAUGAACAAACUGACCAUAUGAAAGAAGAGAUGCUGGACACAUCUGACAUUCUUGCGCAACUGAGUGGAUUAAAUUCCUACAACUACAAGUAUAAAUGCACCAUUGAAUCAUGGAUAUGAUUCUCAAGUCUCAACCACUCAAACUAAGACCCAGUGUCUUAUUUCAAGCAGUGCAACAUCGAGCACAGUUUUUUUUUUUCUCAUCUCCAUUAAAAUAAACUUACAGCAUUAGAAGAUCAAUUGCAGGUCAAGAACUUAGUUCAACUAAUGUAGAUUUAAUGUAUGUGUCAAUCUGCUGUCUGUUUACCAUUGUCAUAAGUGAAUGUGGUAGUUAGCCUCCAGAACAGUGAUUUGUGUAUAUAACUAUGCCAUUUAUAGAGGGAAAUAAAAGUUCCGAGGAUCUCUUAAAUAUUUCUUUGCUGAA